AAUAGCCUCCCCUCAAGGUAUUCUAAGGGGAGGAGUAAUAAGCCUGUAAUCUUCUUUUUAGCCAUAGUCCAGGAAAAAAAGGAGGUCCAAGGCAAAAAAAAAAAAAAAGAAUGUCAGGGAAAGUAAUUAUCUCCGCGGUUUCUCUCAUCCUCGUGGUAGGUGUUGCAAUUGGCGCUGUGGUUACAGUUAAUAAGAAUGGUGACGAAUCCUCCAUCAAAACCAAUCAAAAAUCCGUUGAGAUUAUCUGUCAAAACACCGAUGACCAAAACCUUUGCCACAACACUCUCAGCUCCGUUAAGGGUCUUGACACCGCUGACCCUAAGGCUUACAUUUCCACCGCAGUGAAAGCCACCAUGGAUAGUGUGAUCAAAGCGUUCAACAUGAGUGACAGGCUCUCCACCGAGCAUGGAGACACAGACAAUGGCACUAAGAUGGCCAUUGAUGAUUGUAAGGACUUAUUGCAAUCUGCCAUCCAAAGUCUUCAACUCAGCACUGACAUGGUGCAAAAUAACAACAUCCAAGCUGUACAUGACCAAACUGCUGAUUUCAAGAACUGGCUUAGUUCAGUUAUCUCAUACCAGCAGGCGUGCAUGGAGGGCUUCGACGAUGGCAAAGAAGGUGAGAAGAGUAUCAAGGAGCAAUUCCAGACAGAGAGCUUAGACAAAGUGCAAAAACUGACUGCCAUCACCCUUGAUAUCGUGAGUGGUUUGUCACACAUCCUCGAAAAAUUUGGGUUGAAGUUAAACCUUAAACCUGCCUCCCGUCGUCUUCUUAGUAUGGAUGGGUACCCCACUUGGUUCUCUGCCGCAGACCGCAAGCUCUUGGAUCAAAUUAAACGUAAAGGAUGGAGAGCAAACAUCACACCCAAUGUCGUAGUUGCCCAGGAUGGCUCUGGUCAAUUUAAAACCAUUGCCGAUGCAAUUGCUUCUUACCCCAGCGACUUCCAGGGUAGAUAUUACAUAUAUGUUAAGGCUGGUGUUUAUGAUGAAUACAUCACUGUUCCCAAGACCGCUGUUAAUCUUUUCCUAUAUGGCGAUGGCCCUGGGAAGACCGUUGUCACUGGUCACAAGAACUUCCGUGAUGGAGUUAAGACAAUGCAAACUGCCACUUUUGCUAACACUGCUCCAGGCUUCAUUGCCAAGGCAAUGACAUUCGAGAACACUGCUGGACCUGACGGACACCAAGCCGUGGCUUUCAGGAACCAGGGAGACAUGUCAGCAGUGAUUGGCUGCCACAUUUUGGGUUACCAAGACACCUUAUACGUCCAAACCAACAGGCAAUUCUACCGCAAUUGUGUUAUCUCCGGCACUAUUGAUUUCAUCUUCGGCACCUCACCCACUGUGAUCCAACACUCUGUCAUCGUCGUCAGGAAGCCCCUUGACAACCAAUUAAAUACCAUUACUGCAGAUGGCACAUCUGAGAAGAACAUGGACACUGGAAUCGUUAUCCAGGACUGUGACAUUGUCGCUGAAGCCGAGCUCUUCCCAGUUAGGUUCCAAAUUAAGUCCUACUUGGGUAGGCCAUGGAAGCAAUACUCAAGGACUGUGGUUAUGGAAUCCACCAUCGGUGACUUCCUUCACCCUGAAGGAUGGUGCCCUUGGGCAGGGGAAUACUUUGAAGACACUUUGUACUACGCUGAGUACAACAAUGCUGGACCUGGUGCCGCGGUGGAAGGAAGAAUUAAGUGGAAGGGUUAUCAUGGUCUCAUUUCUCGCGAAGAAGCUGCCCAAUUCACUGCAGGCCAAUUCCUAAAGGCUGGACUUGGCGCUGGAACUGACUGGUUGAAGGCACUUCGUGUUCCUCAUGUCCUUGACUUCGCUAAACCUUGAAACCAAACACAAUUUCUAUUCCUUCAAUCUUAUUUAUGAGAGUGUGUGAUGAUGAGAGGGAGACAAUUAUCAUUCUUUGUAAUCAAAUUUCUAUAUUAAAAUAUAUAAAAAAUCAUAAAUUUCCUUUC